AUGGCGGGGCGCAGCCUGGGCCGCGGCGUCGGGCGGCUCCUCCGCAGCCUGCGCGGGCGCUCAGAGCAGCAGGUCCGGCCGCUGCGCCUGGCGAGCGCGCCUAGAGGACCGGCCUCCCGGGGCCCCAGCAGCGCCGCCGCCGCCGCCGCCGCCGCGCAGCCCGGCUCGUACUCGGCACUGAGCGCGCGGGCGGCCCGGGAGCCGGCCGCCUUCUGGGGGCCGCUAGCGCGGGAUACCCUGGUGUGGGACACCCCCUACCACACAGUGUGGGACUGCGACUUCAGCAGUGGCAAGAUCGGCUGGUUCCUGGGAGGCCAGUUAAACGUGUCCGUCAACUGCUUGGACCAGCAUGUUCAGAAGUCCCCGGAGAGUAUCGCUUUGAUCUGGGAGCAAGACGAGCCUGGUACCGAAGUGAGGAUUACCUACAGGGAACUGCUGGAGACUACUUGCCGCCUGGCCAACACGCUGAAGAGGCAUGAAGUUCGUCGAGGGGACCGUGUGGCCAUCUAUAUGCCUGUGUCCCCACUGGCUGUGGCAGCGAUGCUCGCCUGUGCCCGGAUUGGUGCUGUCCACACGGUUGUCUUUGCUGGCUUCAGUGCAGAGUCCUUGGCUGGGAGAAUCAAUGACGCCAAAUGCAAGGUGGUCAUCACUGUCAACCAGGGGCUCCGGGGUGGCCGAGUGAUGGAGCUGAAGAAGACCGUGGACAAGGCUGUGAGGCUCUGCCCCACCGUAAGACGUGUCCUGGUGGCCCACAGGACUGACAGCAAGGUCACCAUGGGGGAGCUGGAUGUCUCCCUGGAGCAGGAAAUGGCCAAGGAGGACCCAGAGUGUGCCCCGGAGAGCAUGGGCAGUGAGGAUAUGCUUUUCCUGUUGUACACCUCGGGAAGCACAGGCACACCCAAGGGGCUCGUGCACACCCAGGCGGGCUACCUGCUGUAUGCAGCCGUGACUCACAAGCUUGUGUUUGACUACAAGCCAGGAGACAUCUUUAGCUGUGUGGCCGACAUUGGCUGGAUCACAGGGCAUAGCUACAUAGUGUAUGGACCGCUCUGUAACGGAGCCACCAGCGUCCUUUUUGAGAGCACUCCAGUUUAUCCUGAUGCCGGCCGGUACUGGGAGAUGGUGCAGCGGCUACAAAUCAACCAGUUCUACUGCGCCCCGACAGCCGUGCGGCUGUUGCUGAAGUACGGAGACACCUGGGUGAAGAAGUACGACCGCUCCUCCCUGCGGACCCUGGGCUCAGUGGGAGAGCCAAUCAACCAUGAGGCCUGGGAGUGGCUGUACAAUGUGGUGGGGGAUGGCAGAUGCACACUGGUUGAUACCUGGUGGCAGACAGAGACAGGCGGCAUCUGCAUCGCGCCACGGCCCUCAGAAGAGGGUGCAGAGAUCAUUCCCAGCAUGGCCAUGAGACCCUUCUUUGGCAUUGUCCCAGUUAUUAUGGACGAGAAGGGGAGCGUUCUGGAGGGUGACAACGUCUCUGGAGCACUGUGCAUCUCACAGGCCUGGCCCGGCAUGGCUAGGACCAUCUACGGGAACCACCCCAGAUUCGUGGAUGCCUACUUCAUGGCCUACCCCGGCUACUACUUCUCUGGGGAUGGUGCACACCGCAUCAAAGGUGGCUACUACCAGAUCACAGGGCGGAUGGACGAUGUCAUCAACAUCAGUGGGCACCGAAUUGGGACAGCAGAGAUCGAGGAUGCAAUGGCUGACCACCCCUCUGUGCCAGAAACUGCUGUCAUUGGCUACCCCCACGAUAUUAAGGGUGAAGCUGCCUUUGCCUUCGUUGUGUUGAAAGUUGAGCCAGAUGACUCAGACAUGGUGGUGGAGGAGCUCAGGUCAGCAGUGGCCAACAAGAUCGCCAAGUAUGCUGUGCCUGAUCAGAUUUUGGUGGUGAAACGUCUCCCCAAAACACGGUCUGGAAAGGUCAUGAGGCGGCUCCUGAGGAAGAUAGUCACCGGUGAGACUCAGGACCUAGGAGACACCACCACCCUGGAGGACCCCAGUGUCAUCAUGGAGAUAUUGAGCGCCUACCAGAAGCACAAAGACAAGUGGCCUAACUCUGAGUCAGGAGUACAUGCCUCAACCUGUGAAUCUUUAUCAAAACCAAGUGCCUAGGUCCCUAAUUUUCUUUUUCAGAAUGUAGCUCUGAAAUUGAUUUUUUCCUAGACAUCCCAGACACAGUCGUCUCCCAACACAUAGUCACCACUGUUACUAAUGUGAUAUUAGUCUGUGUUUAAAUCCUGUUCUUCUGCUGGCAAACCAAGAAGUGUAACUCAUAGGAGGUACAAUCAAACGUGUGUGGGAUUCAUUUCAUUUGUCCUGAAUUUGGCUUCCUGGAGUGGAAGUCAUUCCUGUCCCCACUGCUGUGUCCUCUUGAGAUGAAGGUGAGAAACUUGGUAAAACAUACCUGCCCAGAUACCUUAGAACUAGAAGCAGUACUGUUUUCCCAGAUGUUUCUAGGUACAAAAAGCAGAGAUUUUAUUUUUGUACAUUUGUAUUUUGGGAAAAUAUAGUACACGUCCUUUAUAACACCUAGAGUUAGGAAAAUCUCCCUUUUUGCCUCUCCUGGUGGGGAGUUGUACUGAGGAUCAGAGGGAGCACUUUUGAUUACUGUUUAGCAAACUUGGCAGUCUGACCUGGAAUUGUUCGUACUCCAUCUAAACACAGCCAUCUUGAGAGGGAUAGAUCUGCAGUACCCUGUCCUUGUGUGUUGCUUUACUGGGCCUGGUUUGUCAUAAUGAAACAACUCCAGAAAGCUCACCCAGUAGCUCACCCAGUCACGUGUUCUUUUCUCCAAGCUGUGAUCUGGAAAGCUUUUUUUUCCUUUCAUGCCCCUUGAUUGGGGAUCGAGACUGCUCCCAUACAUGGGCUUAUCAGUGAGAACUCAGGCAACUUGUUACAGCACUGAUUUUGUGGGUUUGGGCCCUGGGAAAACAACUGCCUAUUCCUCAUUAUGGGGCUGGGUGAUGGUAGCAACUGAUGCCCUAUGCUGAGACUUGAAGCACUGAAUCAAGGGUUUUUUGUUUUGCUUUUUCAAUUAAUGUGCCUUAAGUCUUCUGAACAUUAGCGAAAUGAUGUAAAUCAAUAAAUCUUAGUAUUCACUACCUAAACGUUCAUGGGGAGAGUGCCAAGCAGGGUCAGGUUGUCUCAUCUGUGCUUAUCAUGAUGCAAUCCACAAAAUUGCUGAUAGAAAGCUGGACGGGGGUAUAAGAGCCACACAGACUGAUCUGCCGGGGUGUCCAAUAAAGCUUUACUUUGUUUCAUUCUCUUCUGUUUGUUGUG